GCGACAGGGCGGCCAAACAAAAUCGUCGCCGCCGCCGCCGCCGCCACCCGUGCGGCGCAACGAGCGUGGUAUGCGCCGCUCCGUAGGGGAGCACGCUAUCAGAUCUAGGGUCUAGCACUGUACCCCCCCGCUUCGCCUCCGAAGCCAUGCGGCUGCUGUGGUGGUGGGCGGCGCUGCCGCUGCUCCUCUCCGUCGCCGGCACGGUCGUGGCCUCCUCCACGGCCCCGGCGUGCCCGCGGCCGUCUGCGGCGGUGGUGAUUGUGGGAUCCCACGACGAGGCGUGCUGGCCGCUGCCGCUGCGUCGCCCACUCGGCGACCGGCUCGGAGUUAUCGAGGGAGAUGACGCUACCUUAGCGAGGGCCGUUAAAUUACUGAACAUGAACAAGGAGGAUUUUGCUGCUGUGCUCUUCUAUGCUUCAUGGUGCCCAUUUUCACAAGAAUGCAGACUACGGUUUGAGAAGUUGGCUUUCAUAUUUCCAACUAUUCGUCAUUUUGCAUUUGAAGAAUCUACUGUCAGGUCAAGCACAAGAUUUCGAUAUGGGAUUCAUGCAUACCCAACGUUCUUUCUCAUAAAUUCAACAGUGCGAGUGCGGUAUCAUGGACCUCGAACUGUCAAAUCCCUAGCUGCCUUCUACAGUGAUGUUUCAGGUAUUAAUCCAUCAACAGAUUUGACCAUUGGAGAUGAUAUACCGUCUUUGGAUAACAUUGAGCUUAAAAAGGAUUCUGACCCAGAAAGCUGUCCAUUAUGGUCGGAGCGCACAUCAGACAAUAUACCUCAACAAGAUAACUAUCUAGCACUAGCAAUUUCUUUUGUGAUCCUUAGACUGCUCUUUCUUCUUUAUCCAACGACUAUCGCCUUUGUGAAACGGACAUGGAGUGGCCCUACUCUGUUCACUUACCUUGAGCAAGGAAGGCAAAAAAUUAACAGGGUGUACCCAUCUAAGCAAGGGAGUUUGCACCAUGGAGCAAAGAAUGCUACUGCUUGGGCUUCCAAAUCGUUGGCAUCUGUUUCGAUUGAAGAGAAACAAGCUACAGCAACAUGAAGGACAUGAUUUAUAAACUGGAUACAUGUAGAAUGAAGUUACCAGGAACUGAACAGAGAGCAUUUGCUGUGGUUACUGUAGCAACUUCCAUGUGAUGAAGCAGACCUUAUUUUCCCCUUCCUGAAUCUUCUCAUAGUUACUCUUAUAGUGGUUGCCGUCCAUGUUCGUUUUCUUUGAAGAAGGAUGCUUUGAUUACUGUACUUUGACUCUGCGAAAUGAUCAUAAAGCAAAUUUACAAUGCUA